GGGAACCCAGGGCCUUGUGCGCGCCAGGCAUGUGCCCCACCACGGAGCCCCCCACGCAGCCCAUCUGAUUGAACAGGCCAAACCGUCCAUUGUGGUGUGAACUGAGGACACAGCUGUCCCCACAGUCCAUGGAGCCAAGACUUGUCACCAGCUAUAAGGAGAAUGUGCCCCCAGGGCCUGCAACCCCCAGGAGGCCAGAGCAACGAAGAUUUCUGAGGGGCCUGGAAAUUGGCCUGAGCCAUGGAAAUGGCCAGUCGGUGCCCAUAUGCCAGGUCACAAGGGGAGGGCCGCCUACCACACCCUCUCCAGGGACGGCACUGCCCCAGGAUCCCUGCCGAGUGCAGAGCAACCUGGCCAGUCCUCAUCCCCGCCUGGGCCUGCCCCUGAAGGACACGACUUGCUGGCUGGACACUUCAGGCUUCCAGCAACAAAGCAACUUGUGGUCACUGGCUGGGAGGCCCCAAGGGAAGGUGCGAGAGUCCCCUGUUCAGCAGAAGAACUUGCGUGUGGGAGGCACGGGCAGCAGCUCCCUCCGGGAAAGCCACAGGCCGCGGGCUCUCCUGCCCCUCUGCAUGAGGCAGGUCCCCGGAGCCACACUGGCCCCCUGCCCCAACUUCAGGCCUGCCACAGGCUUCAGUCCACUGGAUGGAUGCCCACGGCCAGGUCCCAGAGCCUGGCGUGACCUGGAGAGCCGGACUGGCAGGCUGGUGGGGGAGCCCCUCACCCUGGAGGACUUAGCUGUCCCUGCCCGGAGCCAGGCUCGGGCCCCGCCCCCCAUCGCCACCUGCCUGCUGCUGGCCUCCGUGAAGCGCUUGGAGCAAGAGGCCGCUGGCCUCAGGUGCAGGGUGUCCCGGAAGCCCCCUGGCCAUGCACCGUGGGGCCCCCACACCCGCCGUGGCCAGACGUUCCCUGCCCGCCCCCAGCCCAGCCAGCCUGUUCACGCUUCCCAGGAUGAGAAGAGACGCCCCCGCGGCCUCCUAGAGACUUGGGGGGUCCAGGCGCCCACAGACCCUGGAGCGCUCAGCGAGCCGGAGUCGUUCACCACUGCUCUGGGGACAUUCACGGGGAACUUCUUUGACUCUGAGCAGGAGGUCCUUCCCGAGCAGCCCCCAGGACAAGGAGACCAGUGCCCCCCAGAGCCUCCACCUGGCUGGGAGGCCAUGGGGAUCCCCAGUCUCACUGGAGGGACGGGCAGCUCGGAGGCCAGGCUCACUUCUUCAGCCUCCUCCAGCGCCGCUGGGGACGCCCUCCUUGGGCAGGAAGGAGAGCAGCCCCUGCGGGAGCAGGCAGACAGGGAGGCAGAGAGGACGGCUUCCUGUCCCUCAGAUGCCACCUCUUCGAGGAGGAGCGGCCAGCAGCGCGAGGCCCUUAACGGUGUGACCCUGGAGCCCCAGGCAGCCCGCUGGCAGCGGCUGUCCAGAUGUUUCAGAGCCUGGAGGCGCUUGGCCUGGAGGCGGUGGGCAGUGACCGUGGCAGUGGCUCUGAGCCGCAGGCGCCUGCUGCGAAAGGGCCUUCAGGCCUUGCGAUGGGCCCUGUGGCUCCGGGAGGCACAGCUGGAGGCGGCCUGGGGGCGACACACCAAGGCCCUGCUAGCCCGGAGCUUCCGAGAGUGGAGAUGCCUGGCUCUGCGGCAGGAGCAAGGGCACCCCCAUGUCCAGUCUGUGUCCAGACCCCCUUGUCACGGCCCUUCCUUGGGAAGAGUGGCAGUGGUGGACCCUGCCCAGAGUCCAGGGAGGCAGAGGCAGGAGGAGGGAGCCCGGCCUCGUCCACUGCAGCCUGGGCAGAGAGCGGAUGACGGAGACGGGCGAGUCCAGGUCCUGCAGGCCUUGCAGCAGCUGGCAGUCUCCCUCCUGCAGUACCACCUGAAGGACAGGACCAGGCAGGAGCGGGCGGUCCUGGAGGAGGCACCUGGGGCCCCACAGAGGACUCGGAGGAUGGCCAGCCCCCCACGGGCCUGGCACCCAAGUGCUGCAGGUGCCUCAGUGACCUCUCAGCCGCAGAGAGCUUGUCUGCCCAGGUGCUCGGGGGCCUGGCAACAGCUGGCACCAAGAGGAGCCCAGGUCCAGAACCACCCUGCUGACCCCAGGCUGGAGACCCUGAGAGUGUGCCUGGGACGGUGGGUGCAGAUGAAGCAACUCCGAGCCUCAGAGGGCACCAAGGUGACCCGGCUGUCCCUCUGCCUGAAGAAGGCAGGUAGCUCAAGCCCUGGAGCCACCACAGCCCGAGGCCUUCAGAUAGUGGCCCAGGCCCAGGGGCCACCCCAGGGGCCAGGCCAGGGCUCCCUCCAGGAGGCCUGCCGGAGACUGACCCUGACCCAGGCACUGCGGCUGUGGAGGACACGGCUCUGUCAGCACCAGCAGGCUACCUCCUUCUCUCAGGGCCUGCGGGAGAGGACCCUGCGGCACAUCCUGAGCUGGUGGCGCUUGAGGGCAUGGGCUCAAGGCACCCUGUCAGGUGGCAACGAGACCUCUUUGGCCCUGGGGCCAUGGGGCAGUGGCCCGAGAGCAGAGGCCUGGCUGGGCUGCAGUGACCCCCAGGUUCCCUGGAGCAGGACCCCCGUCCUCCUGGAGCCUCUCCGGGUGAGCUUCCUGUGGGCAGCUGGGCGGCGACGGCAGAGGCAAAGCCUUCUGCUCUGGUGGGCACGGGCCCAGCAGUCCCGGGGCGCAGCGAGGUGGUGCCAGCGCAGCCUGCAGAGGCGUGUCCUCCUCAGCUGGAGCCACUGGACCACAGCCCAAGGUGCCCGGAGGGAGUUGGCUGCCCACCGGGCCUGGGAGCGGAGCUGCAGGACUGCGCUGGGGCUGUGGCGGCAGCGGCUGGCGCAGUGGCAGGAGGCCGAGCAGCGGGCCCAGGAGCGGGGCCGGGGACUGGCGCGGGAGGCGCUGCGCUGCUGGCACUCCUGCUGGCAGAGGCAGCAGGUCCUGCAUGAGAAGUACCAGAGGUGGGUGCAGGGCCACCUCCGGGGCCUGCGGAGGACCAUGUUCCAGGGCUGGUGGCAGGCAGCGGCUCGAAGGAGGCACAAGCAGAGGGUCCUACAGGCCUGGGCUCAGUUAGCGGCCCAGGGCCACGUCCAGCAAGCUGCCAUCAGCCGGCUUCAGCAGGCUGGGCUUAGGCGCCUCCUUUGGACCCACUGGGCCCAGUGGCAGAUGGCGCUGCUCAGAGUGCGGCUGAAACCAUGGACCCAGGCCCAGAGGAUGGACCUUGAGCACUGGCCCAGGCUGGCCAGCAGAGGGUGCCUCGUGCUGAUGGACACUCCAGCCCCUUGGAAGCAGGUCGGGUGGGGUGCAGGCAGGGUGGGAGGUAUAGAAACCCGCAGCUGCUGGACAUGGGCCACAGGGCCUGUGCUGCCCCGGCCAACAUGGGAGCACAGCCACGGUGCAGAGAGGACACAGAAAGAAACCACCUGGGCUCAGAGUGACAGAGAGCAUCCCCUCUGCCCCACCUCCCGGUUCUGGUUGCAGUGGCCUGGACAAGGCAGCUGGGCUUCUAGCUGGCUGCCUUCGGGAAUGAGAGGUGGGGGGCUCAGAGCCCUCCAAAGCCAAGGGAAGGCCCCUCCCAGCAGGCCGGGUGCUCAUUCCUGUAGGAUCCCGGAAGAGCAGCCCCAGUCCCAUGGCUCUGCGCUCCUCUGGUCAUGGAGAGGUGCUGAUGCUCCUGGUCAUAAGGAGGAAGUACCUGCGGUGCUGGCGCCUCAAGGCUCGGCUUCGAAGGUUCCAAGCUUCCCAGAAUGCCAGGCGCCUGGCGGUGAUUUGGAGGAGCUGGGCAGAUGCUCGAAGGGGGCAGCAGCCGUCUCAGGCCCUGCUCAGGCAGUGGCACCUGGGACAGGCCUGGAGGAUAUGGCGGCGUCGGGUCCUGCAGCUGCAGGUAGCUGUGAGGCUACAGCAGCAAGAAGGUGGCUGGGUCCUCUCCCAGGCCUUUGAGAAGUGGCAUCAGUGCUUGGUGGCCAGACGCCAAAGGAGGGGCACCACCAGCAGCCUGAGUCCCCUGACAGGCCAGGCACCAGGGCCUCGAGAGCGUGCUGGAAGCUGCCCACUCCCUGGUGUGGCGGGCUUGGACCAGAACAGGGGUCAACCUGCUGCGAGGCAUUCCCACAGAAUAAAAAGCAGAGGAGAGCCCGGCCUUCCCAGGGAGGGGCAGUGCCCCCCCACCCGGAAUGUCGACAGCUCAGGGAGCGCUGAAGUACAAUAAAGGCCUCCACGGUC